GCAUGGAAACCCCGGCGGAGCACAGAGCCGCAAAUUACUGAGCCAGGAGGCAGAGGACACAGGAACCAGCUGGACAAGGGCUCCGGGAUUUACCGAGCUUUGGCGAUGCGCAUCUUUCUGCACCUCAGUCAAAGGCACCUGAUGAAGAAGCACUGUUGAUGUCAAACCCAGAAAAGCAGAUUUUCUCAAAGAAAAGACUUACUUUUGGGACAAAAUUAGUUUAAACCCCAUUCAGAGGUCUCAGCGUUUCGCCCUACAACCACCGCCAUGCUCUCCAGCGUGCGGCGGCACAGCCUCCGCCUGCAGACGGAGCUCCACCGCUGGAGCGUCUGCGACCCGGGCAGCCACCUCCUCCCGGACGGCCUCCUGGCCCGGGUCCCCGCGUGCAUCUCCCGCUCCAAGUCCUGCGCCAGUUCCGCGGGCGAGUCGGACGGAAGCCGCGGGAGCUGGUCGUCGUCGGACUCGGUCAUCUCCGCGGACUCCGCCGGGGGCUCGGUGGAGCCCGGGAGCCCGUACCGGGUGGUGCUGCUGGGGGCCAGCGGCGUCGGGAAGACGGCGUUCGCCGGCAUCUUCGCCGGCGCGGCGGACAGCAUGGACAGCGACGACUGCGAGCUGUGUGGAGAUGAAGUGUCUGAAAGGGAAAUUGAAGUUGAUGGAGAGCCUGCAACUAUACUCCUGUUGGAUACCUGGGAUGCAGAGAAAGGCGAUGAGUGGACCCAGGAGCACUUCAUGCAGAUAGGCGACGCCUACCUGCUGUUGUACUCCAUCACCGAUCGGGCGUCCUUCCUGCGAGCUUCAGAGCUCCGGAUGAUCCUGCGCCGCUAUCGCCCUGCCCGGCACACACCCAUAAUCCUGGUGGGGAACAAGUGCGACCUGGUGAGGCGGAGAGAAGUGUCGGCAAGCGAGGCCCGUGCUUCUGCCGCGGUGUUUGACUGCAAGUUCAUCGAGACCUCGGCAGCCAUGCAGCACAACGUCUGGGAGGCUUUCUACGGCAUCGUGAGACAGCUGCGCCUGCGACGAGACUCCAAAGACGACAGCGGACGCCGCAGGCGCGUUCACUGCGACAAACGCAGAGAAAGCCUUCCAGUCAGGGCCAAGCGUUUCCUCGACAAGGUGGUGGCGAAGAACAAUCCCAGCAUGGCGUUCUGGCUCAAAUCCAAGUCCUGCCACAAUCUGUCAGUGCUGUAGGCCAAACCUGACUGCAGGUGGGGAAACACCUGAGCAAAUGAGACGGGUGAAAGGCUGCAGAAAAGCAGCCGUGGACGGAGCUGGAGGGACAUUUCCUGCCUCCGUAGGACUCAGAGUUGGCGUUCAUCUUCCACCCUUCGUUCAGGAGGAGGUGGAGGUGCAGGUCAGCCUCAAGCUGUUGACAGUCUGAAUGGACCGCUGUUUACAGUGAUGUCAAAAGUCAUGGGACAUGAGUAUGACUUUUAGAAGAAACUAAGAAAAUGAAGUGAUUUUUAUUGUUUUCUUUCUUAGUUCUUUCUGCUUCUUGCUUUUUUUUUUCAUUUACAAAUAUGUACAUAACUAAAAAUUCCCUUACAUGUGUUUUUUAAGACCUGUGUGAUACUUAAACGUUUAGUGUUUAUUGAUGCUGCAGUGUUUUAUGCUUUAAUUGUAAGAGCAAGCCGAUGCUAUUGUCUUUUGCUACUUUGAAUCAUCGCUGUUUGAAGAAAUAAAGUGACGUUUUUUGCUUGG